AACAAUGCCUCCGGUCACGAGCAGCAGCAGCUCCCAGUCGUCGCAGCAGCAGUACAGGGGCGUGCGGAAGCGGAAGUGGGGCAAGUGGGUGUCGGAGAUCCGGCAGCCCGGCACCAAGACGCGCAUCUGGCUCGGCAGCUUCGAGUCGGCCGAGAUGGCCGCGGUGGCGCACGACGUGGCCGCGCUGCGGCUGCGGGGACGCGACGCGCAGCUCAACUUCCCCGGGUCCGUCGGCUGGCUGCCCCGGCCGGCGAGCUCGCACCCGGGCGACGUCCGCGCCGCGGCGGCCGAGGCCGCCGACCGGGUGCGGUGCGACCCGGCGCUGGUGGUGGCGCGGUGCGACGAGUACGGGUUCGGACUCGGAGCCGCGCCGGGCCGGGCGGUCGAGCUGGCCGGGAGCGACGAGGAGUUCGACCUGGAACUGGACUACUCGCCCAGGCUGUGGGCCGAGAUGGCGGAGGCCAUGCUCCUGGACCCGCCGAGCUGGGACACGGGCGUCGGCGAGACGGAGGUGGCGCAGUGUUGGUCGCACGGGUCCUUGUGGGACGCCUGCUAGCCGCUACC